AUGGUGCGCGACGCCGCGCUCGAGGUCGACGCGAUGGCGGUGAAGACGACGGAUGCGGCGUCGAGCGCGACGGCGUGGAACGGGCGAGAGGUGCGCGAUGAAGAUACCGAGGACGCACCGAGCGUUCGCGCGCGCGCGCGGGCGUACGAGGCGCGCGUGCGGGCGACGGGAACGGAUGGGGCGGAUGGGGCGGUGGAGCGGGCGCGGUCGCUCAGAGCGGGGGAUCUGGAGGCGGGAAUGCGCGCGGCGUUUGUGCAAUUCGCGUCGUUCGGUAGAGGCAGAGCGACGAUUUCGGACGAGCGAGGGACGAUGGAUUCGUCGCGGUUCGCGAAGAUGUGUCGAGAGUGUGUGUUUCGCGAUGACCCGGAGUCGGAGGAGAAGAUGCGGGCGGUGGACGUCGCGUUCGCGAGACGGGCGAGACGGCUCCGGCGGGUGGAUUACGAGACGUUUCGACAGCUCGUCACGGAAGAUCUCGCGGAGAUCGUGGGCGACGGUGCGAGCGCGAUGACGGUCGCGAAGAAGUUGUUGGGAGCGACGCCGUCGGUGGGCGCGGCGGUGUCGCCGGGAAAGUGUCGAUUUCACGACGACAAGACGGCGUACACGGGCGUGUACGCCGAACGACACGGGAUCGAGCGCUCGGCGUCGAGACGUGCGAGCGAAACGUCGCCGCGAGCGGCACAGAUCGAUGUCGAAAAGUUGCCCACCGAUCCCCGAGGACUGUACGCGUCGUACGAGGCGUUCUUACAGUUCUCGCCGCCGCUCGCGUCCGGGCUCACGUGCAACAGAUGGUUAAAACUGUGCGAGGACUGCGGUUUACUCACCUCCGGCGGUGGAAACUUCGACUCGACGAGCGCUGGAAUCAUUUUCAACGCUCUCGCCGGGUCCUCGAAGACGCUGAGCGAUUUUAAGGCGUUCAAGCUCGCGCUCGCGCUCUCCGCCGAGCGCGCCGAGCGCGCGUACGAAGAUUUCGCGCGAGCCGUCGCCGAGGGCGAACCAAUCGUUCGCACCAACGUCAGUGACGUCUCUCCGCGACGGUUUCACGACGACAUGUCCACCUUCACCGCGACGCAUCGCGAGGUGCAUCAGAACAAGACGUUGUCGCCUCGAGCGCUUUCGAUUCGCAAGCGCGCCGCCGUCGCCGCCGACGCCGCGUGA